AUGUUGCGAUCAGGAAAUACAAGAAAUCCACUUCCGCCUGCAUCAUCAACCAAAUCGGAUGAUUCAGACCACAGCCACACCACCACCCAACGUCGAAAGACAAAAACACGCAGUCCUCGAGUUUCAAAAGGAGUCAUCGGUCCCUCUGCACCUUCUGCACCUCAACCUAGACACAACAACAAGCGACCUCGCCUCGCGGACGAAGACGAAGACGAAGAUCAGCCUCAAUCAACCAGCCCCCACGCACUGACCCCCAACCUGUCGAAUUAUCGCCAGCUAGGCCUUCAAUGGGGACAAGUCUAUGCUGACGAAAGGCUUGCAACACUUGGCGUCCCCAAAACCAAUCGGCCAUCGGCGAGCGGAGUUUUUGAAGCUCAGUCCCUUCAAAACCAAUACAACCUGCAUAAGACUAUGCUUUGCAUAGCAUUAAAAUGUAGCCGCAAGGUGAUGGAUGAAGUUCUGUUGGAAGGGCCCCUGGCUCGCGAGCCCAAUAUGUAUACUAACUACCAGACAUAUAGUGUCACAGCCACCAAAACCACCAUGCCAGGCAAAGCUGUCUCCGAUGGUUUUGGAGAACAAAACACUACGGUUGGUACAACUUGGUCCACAUACAACAAAGACAAACAAGCUGUCUUCACCCCAAGGCUCUUUGAACCCUUGUGUAUAGCAACCAGCGAGGCCUAUUCCCUUACCCAAACUCCAAUGGGGAUCCCCGCUGCCCCUUUGCUCAAAGAAGAAGCACCUACUGCGGUCACUUCAAGUACACCAUCUCAACCCGGUCUCACCCCCCUCAGCAAGGAAGAGCUAGAACAAUACGUGCCAAUAUUCAAGCGCCUGGUCAACCUUCACAAAGUAUCACUCGACAUACAUGAAGGACGUCUCUGGAGGCAUUGUGGAAAAUCAAAAAACCAAUCUUUGGAAAAGCUUCGAAUGCAUGAAAUUAGUAAAGUAGUUCAUCAGCUCCACCUCCUGAAAAACCACUUCAACCUGCAUUUCCACCUUUUGCUAGGAUGUUGGACCCCCGGAUUACCUAUUAAGCGAGCGCUUUUCCAGGACGAGUACAGCUCUUCUCCAAGGUGGGUCCGGAUGCAGCAAAAGACUCAUGUCUUGGAAUGUUUCACUUUUGAAGUAACGAAGGCUCCAGAACACCUUCGCCAGAAGAAAAAUGAACCCAAGCCGCUAUCCGCUGCUGCUGCACGUCAAUCACAAUUACGAGCUGAUCUUGCUCUUGAGCUCAACAAUCUGAUUGCCCCCCACCUACGAGGAGGCUAUACCGGGAGGGGUGAUGCACACCCCAAAGUUUCCGACCUGCAAGAAGCUUUCAAGAAGAAAGAAUUUCGUGGUUCAGUAUUCCUCACAUUCAAGCGUGCGGAAGGUAGCCAAGUUACCGACCUGAUGCUGGAGAAAGGGCCUAGCUCUUUGACAAACAAUGAAGUCGAACUAUGGCUCGAGGAUAUCAGAUCAAAUAAAUACACAAUCGUGAAAGUCGACAAAGAAACAAAGAAAAGGAAAGAACCAAUCUCAGCCCCCCCUGCGAAUAGUCAUGUGGAGAACAACUCACCUAAAAACAAUGCGCCAAGACCCGACUCAGUUGCGGAACUCAACUUGGCAGAUUUGGAAGAAAGUCACAAGUGA